CCGACCCGCAUCGCGCCGGCGCGGGCCAGUACCUCGCGGGCGCGACGCCGACCCGCGUCGGUAUCGGCGUCGGCAUCGGCGGUUUCGACCGCGUGGAUGGCCCUGGAGCGAUCGGUCGCGGGCACGGACAAGGGGCUCACCUGCACCGACGCGCAGCGCGCCGCGAUCGAGGACGCCAUAGCGCGGUUGGAGGCGCUCAACCCCACCGCCGUGCCCUCGGACAGUUUAGCCCUGGAGGGCGCGUGGGAGGUCACGUACAGCAACGCGCCGCCCCCGUCGAACGGCAGCCUCGGGCCGUUCAAGGGCACGGCGUACCAGGAGAUAAACCUCGCGGACGGCACGUACGUGAACCGGUUGACCGUGCCGCCCAACGAUUGGCUCGGCGCGAGGCUGCGCGCGGACUGGACGCGCGUGGACGACACCCUGUGGCUCGUCACCUUCAGGGACGUCACCGUGAGCGUCCUCGGCUUCGACCUGUUCACCAAGGCGUUCGACGAGGAGACCACGCGGGUCUGGGAGCACUCGUUCGUGUCGGAGACGCACAGGGUUGUCCGAGCGGCGAGGACGAUGGAGGGUCUGAGGCGGGAAGGGGCUCGGGGACGGGCGGCAGUCGCGGGAGACGACGACGACUGCGUGUUCACCAUGCGAAGGGUCGGGGCGGGCGGCUAGGGGGUUAAUUCGGCAGUCAAUCUAGCUAGGUUCGUCGGACGGGUCCGCGCCGAUGUCGCCGGUUGUGUCGCAGUCGUGAUCUUAC